UUAGCUCAAUGAAGAGGACGAGGAAAUAGUCUGUUAUUACUUUUAUAUGAACCAACAAAUUUGGUUUCGACAACAAACUUUUAUGCAUGUUUAUGGAACAUAAUAUCCCCGCCUAUCGAACAAGAUCCAGAUUUCUUCAACACCACCUAUUCUCGCUGUUACAGAAUCACUGCAAAACCAGUAAACAGCUCUACCAAAUCCACGCACACAUUGUCAUCAAUGGCUUUACCCAAAAAAACUAUAUUCUUGCAAAGCUAUUAUCUCUGUACACAGCCUUCAAUAAUUUCCCACGUGCCUUCCAAGUAUUCAACCAAGUUGAAAACCCGAGUACUUAUCUUUAUAACCAAAUUAUCAGAGUCCAUUCGUGGAAAGCAAUUGAAUUAUUUAAGCAGAUGGAGAAUUCUUUAUCCUUGCCUGAUGGUCACACGUAUACGUAUGUUAUUAAUGGCUGUGCGAAAGGGAUGUUGUUAAGAGAGGGUGAAGAGGUUCAUGGGAAAGUUUUGAAAAAUGGGUUUUGUUCAAACGUGUUUGUUUGUACUAAUUUGGUUGAUUUUUAUAUCAAAAGUGGAGGGGAGGAUGGCCUAAGGAAUGCUAGGUUAGUGUUUGAUGAAAUGCAUGACAGAAAUGUUGUCACGUGGAAUUCUUGGCUUUCGGGUUGUUUUAGGUAUGGAGAUGUCAAUGCAGCACUAGAAGUGUUUGAGGCGAUGCCAGAGAGGAAUGUAGUUUCUUGGACUACAAUGAUUGCUGGAUGUGCGCGUUGCGGAAGGUGUAAGCAAGCUUUGGCGUUGUUUCUUGAGAUGCAGAGAGAUGAAAUGAAGUUCGAUCAGGUGACUUUGUUGGCAGUGCUGUCAGCAUGUGCCGAGUUGGGUGAUCUGAAUCUGGGCAAGUGGAUACAUUUAUAUGUUAUUGAGUCUUUAAGUCAAAGAGAGCAGCCGGUGCUGGUGUCACUGAACAAUGCACUGAUACAUAUGUAUGCUAGCUGUGGUGAAAUUGGGGCAGCAUUUGGCGUGUUUAAAACAAUGGAGCAGAGGACUACUGUUUCUUGGACAAGUAUGAUCACAGGUUUUGCAAAGCAGGGGUAUGGAGAUGAGGCACUUAGUGUCUUCCGGUGGAUGGAAAGUAUAGGAGACAAUGACAUAAGACCUGAUGAAAUAACAUUCUUGGGUCUUUUAUGUGCCUGCAGCCAUGCUGGUUAUGUCAAUGAGGGGCGUCAUUACUUUAAGAGCAUGACUGAAACUUGGGGAAUCGAGCCAAGGAUAGAGCAUUAUGGAUGCAUGAUAGAUCUCUUGAGUCGUGCUGGGUUAUUGGAUGAAGCGGAAGGGCUUGUGAAAUCUAUGCCAAUGAAGCCAAAUGAUGCAGUGUGGGGUGCCCUUCUUGGUGGAUGCAGCAUUUACAAAAAUGUUGAGCUUGCUUCUGAUGUAGCUCAGAUAUUGACCAUGGAAGUUGACCCUGAACGAGCUGUUGGCUACUUUGUGCUGUUAUCCAAUGUGUAUGCCACUGAAAAGAGGUGGCAAGAUGUGAUUACUGUGAGGAGGAAGAUGGUUGAAAUGAAAACAAAGAAGCCUCCAGGUCGAAGUUGGAUUCAGAUAGCUGGAAUCAUUCAUGAAUUUAUGGUCGAUGAAAGGUCUCAAAAGCAUGCAUCAUUCAUCUAUGAGGUGCUCGGUAAUAUCACAACAGAAGCAAAGUUGCAGGGCUGCAUGCCAGAAACUGUUGAUGCUCUCCUGUGCAUUGAAGAUUAGGAUGGCAAGAGGUAGCAGGAUAUGUGCUGGUCGUUAGAUUGUGAUUACCAUUAUGCAGAGCUUCUAUCUGCUGACAUCUUGCCUAGUAUGGCAACCAAAUGUCCUAAGCAUGUCCUUACUCUUACUCUCUAGUCACAUCUCUGGCACUAAUUUUACCAGUUAUCAGUUUUCUAAUUCUCUUAAUGGGGUUGAAUAUAUAGAGGAUGUAAAUGUAUUUGUUGGAAUCUAAUCUACAAUCUUUAUGCU